UCUCACAUCAUGGAUCUCCUACCAAGAGAACGUGAUAAAGUGUUCUUGCACAAUGUUGGCUCAUUGGCGCAAAAGCGUUUGGCACGCGGUGUACGUUUGAACGAGUUCGAAGCAACAGCAUUGAUUGCUGCUGUUUUACAGGAAAGAAUCAGAGACGGAAAGCAUACAGUCGCAGAAUUAAUGCAACAUGGAAAAACUUUGUUGGGAAGAAGGCAUGUCUUACACGGAGUAGCAGAACAAGUUCAUGAAGUUAUGGUCGAAGGCACUUUUCUAGACGGCUCAUUCUUGGUCACUGUUCAUGAUCCUAUCUGUACAGAUGACGGCGAUUUGACAAAUGCGCUCUAUGGUAGUUUUCUACCUAUUCCAGAUCGCAGCCUCUUUGAACUCUCACCUGAAGACAAAGCAAGAGUUGACAAGUACCUAUCAGGGGCAGUCGUCAUCGAUCCAAAAGCCAAAGAUAUCGUUCUACUUCCUAACCGACGAAGGAUUGCAAUGCAAGUGACAAAUACAGGAGAUCGACCAAUUCAAGUUGGUUCACAUUAUCCAUUCCACGAAACCAAUCCUACUUUGCUCUUCCCUCGACUAGCUGCAAUUGGAUUCAGGCUCGACAUUUGCGCAGGUACAGCUGUUCGCUUUGAGCCAGGAGAUAUAAAGACUGUUUCGCUGGUACAAAUCGGUGGUCAAAAGAGCUUGGCCGGUGGAAAUAGCCUCUACACAGGACCGCUUGAUGUUCUGCUCUCUGAUCAAGCCUUGCAAAGGAAUGUCAAACAAAGAUUUGUCGAAGGAGGUUUCGCUGAUGCCGAUCAAGCAGGAUAUGCAGCGUUUCAGCAAUUGCCAGCUCCGGCACCUUUCGCGGUCAGUCGUCAAACAUACUUAUCCAUGUAUGGUCCCACGGUUGGUGAUAAGAUCCGUCUAGGAGACUCAGCCCUUUGGAUUGAAGUGGAACGCGAUAUGACAAUCUACGGUGAGGAAUGCAAGUUCGGAGGAGGCAAGGUAUUGCGUGAUGGUAUGGGUCAAGCAUGCGGGGCAACCGAUGCAGAAACACUGGACUCGGUAAUCAUCAAUGCUUUAAUUGUUGAUUGGUGGGGUAUUGUCAAAGCCGAUAUCGGUAUCAAGAAUGGCUAUAUCACAGCAAUCGGUAAAGCAGGAAAUCCAAACAUGAUGGACGGCGUGACCGAAGGUAUGGUAGUAGGAAGUUGCACGGAAGUCUUGGCUGGAGAGGGUCUCAUCGUAACGGCAGGAGCGUUAGAUGUGCAUGUGCACUAUAUUGAGCCGGAUAUCUGCACAGAAGCACUGGCAACCGGUAUCACAACUUUGGUUGGUGGGGGUACUGGACCAUCUGCUGGAACAAGCGCAACAACUUGUACUCCUGGGAAAGAGCAUGUAAUGCACAUGUUACGUGCUACGGAUGAAGUGCCACUAAAUUUUGCAUUCACCGGCAAAGGAAACGAUAGUGGUAUGGCCGGAUUAGAAGAUCAAGUGAAUGCCGGCUGUGCAGGAUUGAAAAUCCAUGAAGAUUGGGGUGCCACACCAGCUGUGAUUGAAAGUUGUUUAUCAGUUUGCGAUAAGUAUGAUGUUCAAUGCAACAUUCAUACUGAUACCCUCAACGAAUCUUCUUUUGUCGAAGGUACGAUUGCCGCUUUCAAAGGUCGCACAAUCCAUACCUAUCACUCUGAAGGUGCAGGUGGUGGUCAUGCACCUGAUAUCAUUCGUGUUUGUGGUGAGGAGAAUGUUCUGCCCAGUAGUACGAAUCCUACAAGACCUUAUGCUAUGAACACGUUGGACGAACAUCUGGAUAUGCUGAUGGUUUGUCAUCAUUUGUCUCGUGAUAUUGCCGAAGAUGUUGCAUUUGCUGAUUCGCGUAUCCGAGCUGAAACGGUGGCAGCCGAGGAUGUAUUGCAAGAUGACGGAAGUAUUUCAAUCAUUUCGUCCGAUUCAUUGGCAAUGGGUAGAAUUGGAGAGGUUGUUGCAAGAACAUGGAGAACGGCCGCCAAGAUGCGUGAAGUUCGUGGACCGCUGAAAGGAGAAGAUGAAAAGUUAAAACGCGAUAACGAACGUGUGAAAAGAUAUGUGGCAAAAUAUACCAUCAAUCCUGCUAUUUGUCAUGGAAUGUCUCAUUUGAUCGGUUCGGUAGAAGUUGGCAAGUUGGCCGAUUUGGUACUUUAUAAACCUGCCCAUUUCGGUACACGACCGCAUAUGAUCAUCAAAGGUGGUCAAAUUGCAUGGGCACACGUUGGUGAUGCGAACGGAUCGAUUCCAUGCGUACAGCCAGUGUAUGGUAAGCCGAUGUUUGGUUCCAUGCCAAAAGCAGCAACGAUGAAUAGCAUUUCGUUCGUUAGUGCUGCUUCGAUUGCGAACGGAAAUAUUGCUUCGUACGGAUUGGCAAAACGUGUGGAAGCUGUUGUAGGAUGCAGAUCGAUCGGGAAGAAAGAUAUGAAGUUAAAUAACAACUUGCCAAAGAUCACCGUCGAUCCUGAAACAUAUGACGUCACUGCUGAUGGACAACUCUGUACAGUUCCGCCUGCGACUCGACUACCGUUGACACAAUCUGCUCAUAUGUUCUAAUUGCGACAAGAAAAGGGUGUAAAUGUAUUGUAUAUAAGAUUAAAUUACGACGAAGAUGAAACGAAGAGAAAAUAUGUACAAUUUGUUCGUGAAGG